UCCAGCACUUCGCCGGUUUGAGUUCCGAGCGUGCGUUGUACGACGACUUGUGCUUGUCUAGUUUCGUGUUAUCAACCGCGUGCUGUACGUAUCACGAAAUUUUAAAUUUAAUUUUGUAUGUGUGUAUAUACAUAUAUAUUUUUUUUCCAGAAGAUACCGCCGAAAUGGCAACUAACGGUCAUCGAAGUCCAACUGUGUCCGUCAUCCAACUGGAAAACCACAGCUCCACGUUGAAAUUGACGUCGAACGAAGAUGUGAGCACCAUCGCAGACGGCGGAGAAUACAACCCGUUUGACAAUCGAGAUGUCAAGCAUCCUACCGGGGACUGCGGUGCGCUCGCCCACCUGCUCAAGUGCAGCGUGGGCACGGGAGUGCUGGCCAUGCCGUUCGCCUUCCUGCACGGCGGCACGGUGUUCGGCCCGGUGGUGGUCGUGGCGCUGGGCCUCGUGUGCGCACACUGCAUGCACAUCCUGGUGAAGUCGUCACAGAAGCUAUGCAGGCAACAGAAGAUACCGAGUUUAUCUUUUGGCCACACAGCGGGAGUUGCCUUCAAGCAUGGACCAGUGUGGCUACGUCCAUUUUCCCACAGUUUAAUGAAUUUUGUGGACAUAGCCAUAUGUAUCACCUGCUACAGCACUGUGUGCGUGUAUUUGGUGUUCGUGGCAACUACCGCCAAACAGAUCGUGGAGAACUACUACCCGGAGGAGGACUUCGACAUCCGGCUGUACAUCGCGGUGGCCAUGCCCGUCGCCUACCUGCUGGCGCUGGUGCGCAACCUGGAGUACCUGGUGCCCGUGUCGGCGGCGGCGAACGUGCUCCUGGUGGCGGGCUUCGCCAUCACGCUCUACUACAUGUUCCGCGAGGCGCCCUCUGUCGCCGACAAGGCGUACGUCGCGCCCUUGGCCCGCCUGCCCACCUUCCUGUGCACCGCGCUCUUCGCCAUGGAGGGCAUCGGGGUGGUGCUGCCCGUGGAGAACACGAUGGUCAAACCUGAGCACUUCCUGGGCUGCCCCGGGGUCCUGAACAUCGGCAUGGGCGUCGUGAUCUGUCUGUUCGCCGUGUUGGGGUUCUGCGGCUACCUGCGGUACGGGGACGACACGCAGGCCAGCAUCACGCUCAACCUUCCCUCCGACGAAAUUCUGGCUGAGGUGGCGAAGGGGCUGAUAGCAGUGGCCAUAUUAUUCUCCGUGGGCCUGCAGUUCAUCGUGCCCACCGACAUCAUGUGGACCAAGCUGAAGAAGGGCGUGCACAGUUGGAGAAGGACGAAGGAGGUGGCCUACAGGCUAUCCGUAAUGACCUUGAUAGGGGCGGUGGCCAUCGCAGUGCCGAACCUGGGGCCGAUCAUCUCGCUGGUGGGCGCCGUGUGCUACUCCACCAUGGGCCUGUUCUGCCCCGCCUCCAUCGACCUGGCGACCAACUGGAACGGCGACCUGGGCCGCUUCAAGCACGUCCUGUGGAAGGACCUGCUGAUCCUCGCGCUGUGGCUCGUCAUCCUGGUGCUGGGCACCUACACCAGCGUCGUGGACAUUGCGCGCGCGUACUCGCCCGACCACCCCGCUGCGGCGUCCAACUGCACCGAGUCGCUUCCCAACUGCGAAGCCAGCCUCGUCUGAGCGGCGACCAUCGGUUGCUGAACUUUCCCCUGGCGAGUGGAUGGGAAUCCCAUCCCUCUCCUACGAGACAGCCAAACAAAAACGAAAGUUCUUGUUAUGAUGUUCUAAAAAUAUCAGUUCGAUGGAAACUGAACCUCAACAAUUAUAAACAGGAACAGGUUAAUCAAAGAAGAAA